AUGUAUGACGUGAUAACGAAGAUCACUUGGUUAUUAGCCGUCAUUUCAAUCCUUUUACUCCGAUCUCAGGCACAGUUUGUGUCAGAGGAUGAAUGUGCGACUAGAGUCCACGCGAUCAUUGCCAGGGGCCAAGGAGGGGGCGAUGAUCUUAACGUGAUGAGUACCCUUUCGGACCUGAUACUGCAGGAGAUCCCUGGAUCGACGACCCUCGGCCUACCCUACGACCACAAGAAUGUUUUGACGGAUGCUGCAAAGCGGGAUACAGUUCAUGACGGGGCCGUAUUGAUGCAGGAGUUUGUACAGGAAUACGCCGCAUCCUGUCCCAAGACUAAGAUUGUGGUAGUGGGAUAUUCAAUGGUGCGUGCUGAAUUCAACAUGUCAUGCCCUGGUGUUUCGUUUCGCAUGACACCGUAG